CCAGUGCUGGCGUGGGGUUAUUCCCCAUCACCAGUCAUCUCCGUCCGUCCAGAAGAAGGGCAAAAGCGGUGAUGGGUUCCGUAACCCAAUCUGCGAUCAUUGAGGGCGCAGGCACCCGGGUGAAUGCUGGUACACUCUGGGCUUGUGCCUUGGGUGUGGUCAGGCGGGGCAUUUCCGCAGAGAUUGUCCGAAGAAUCCGGGUGAGGCAUUCUCGACCGCACCAGCCGCUUCAGCCCCGACAGCGCAGCCCGCCCAAAGCCAGAAGUCAGUGGCAGCAUCCAGUCAGCUCAAGCGGCAAGCACCUGGCGCCCAGACGGGGAAGGCCCCGGCCCGCACUUACGCGAUGCGAGGACGUACUGAGCAGCCAGCCCAUGACGUCAUCAUGGGGAAAGACCUUCCCUGCAAGUCUCAUUGAGCUUCCACAUCGUGAGUUUGAUGUUAUUCUGGGCAUGGAUUGGCUCACCGCCAACCGAGCCGUUGUUGACUGUGGAGCUCAUGUUGUUCGACUGAGAGCCGAGGACGGUAGUGACGUACUGAUCCGUGGUGAGCUUCUUCCGAAAGCUCCAGAAUUCAUUUCUUACAUUCAUGCUCGUCGACUCAUUCGCAAGAAGUGUGAGGCGUUCUUGUGCACAGUGCGUGACACUCGUCAGGAGGCGCCCAGUAGGGGGAACAUCCCUACGCCUACAUUACAGCAGCAGAUAGCAUCGGCCCAGAGCAGCGAUGAUUUCUGUAUCCAGACCGUUGAGCUCGUCUCUCGAGGAGAGAAGCCAGAUUUCGCAGUUCGGGAUGGCCCGUACCCAGUCACUGAACAAGUGGAACCUGUAGUUUACAGGCUCGAGUUACCAUCGGAGUUGAGCAAGAUCCACGAUGUAUUCCACGUGUCCAUGCUUCGGAGGUACCGGUCGGACCCUUCUCAUGUUAUUCCAGCUGAUACGGUCACACUUGAUGAGAAUCUUACAUACGAGGAGGAGCCGGUUGAGAUUCUAGCUCGUGAGGUCUGUCAGUUGAGGAACAAAACCAUUCCGCUGGUCAAGGUUCUGUGGAGAAGUCACACCGUCGAGGAGGCGACAUGGGAAACCGAGGAAUCCAUGCGCACUCGUUAUCCGCAUCUUUUCAGUGACCAGUGAUCAGGUAAAUUUCGAGGACGAAAUUUCCUUAAGGAGUGGAUAAUUGUAACGCCCUACAACCCGGUCUAAUAGAAUUGAUUAUUUAAAAUAAUUAAUUACUGUUCCG